UCAUUAACCUUGAGAGCACAAGGGUUCAAAGAUAGUCAAACGUUCUGAGACACUGAACAAAACCUAUGACACUGCUCCUCUGGAAUCUUCUGCAGCCGAGAUGAACUGUGCGUAUUGUGUAUCUGUCCUCGCCGUCCUGCUUCCUGUAUCUCUGAGCGUGGAAAUGACGGGGUUGUUUGGCAGCUUCACUUCCCCCAACUUCCCUCGCCCAUACCCCAACAACCAUCACACAGUGUGGAACAUCUCCGUCCCAGAAAGCCACAGGGUUAAACUCUACUUCACCCACUUCAGUCUGGAACCCUCCCACCACUGUGAAUAUGAUUAUAUUCAGGUGUUUGCAGAGGCCAAUGAGACAUUGCGUUUCUGUGGCGAAGGGGAGAAAGAGUAUGUAGACGCCCCCAGUAACACAGUUAUCCUGUCGGCUGGGAACAUCAUGUCGGUAGUCUUCAGAAGUGACUACUCCAAUGAGGGGCGUUUCACUGGCUUUCAAGCAUUUUACACCUCAGAAGACAUCAAUGAGUGCCUCAGCACGGUAGAUGGGGAGUCUGUGUGUGACCAUUAUUGUCACAAUUAUGUUGGUGGUUAUUACUGCACUUGCAGGUUGGGAUACCUGCUCCAUGACAACAAAAGGUCCUGCACUGUGCCUUGCAGAGGUCAGGUGCUGACAGAGAGGUCAGGAGAGUUGAGCAGCCCGGGUUACCCCAGUCCAUACCCCACAAUGAGUCAUUGUAACUACACCAUACUCCUACCAGAGGGAUUCAGAGUGCUACUGGACUUCCAGGAACCGUUUGACGUAGAGGGCCACUCGGAUGUCCCCUGUCCAUACGAUGUCUUGAAGAUGUAUGGCCUUGGAGUUCCUGACCAAGUUUUCCUUCUCUUCCAAGAUCUUUACGGAAGGACAAGAGUACGGACCUUUCUGUGGAGCAUCUCCUCCUGGCAAGAUAGACACGGGCAGUUACCAAGUACAUGUCUCAUUCAGGUCGGACCUCUCAGGGAAAAACAAGGGAUGGAAGAUUAAGUAUACCAGCUUGGGAGUUCAAAAAGCAUAGUAGAACUUAAAUCACAUGCUAUGCCAAUGUGAUACCUUGUCUGAAAUCUUUGAUAAUCCACAUGAUAUAAAAGGCCUAAUUCAUCAAGCAAACUCCAGUGUUAAUUACAUAACACUGUAAAGGGCUUACUGUGAAUUUUCCAGUAAUUUACAGGAAACUAUUGGCAAGUAGGUUUCCCUUUCAAAUAGAGCAUGACCCUCUAGUCAUAAUUAGAUAAGUUAACUUCCCAUCAAUCAACACAUUGACUAUUUUUUGUUUCCAGAGUGGUAUCUUACGAAUCAGGUUUGAGGAGUUAGCAAGGUAACUUUGGCCAACUCUGAGUUCAACUUGGUAUAACCAGUCAUACGAAUGUGGCUCACCUUUUAGCCAGGUACACUUCUAUGGCAAUGAAUCCUUAACCUGCUCUGGGGCAGGCUAACUAAGGGCUAACUCCAUUUACCCUGAAUUAAGUUUCUGUGCCGCAAGUUAAAGACCAAUGAAAUCAGAUUCCCUUGCUAUCGCAAAAAUAUUGUCAUCAUCACCUUCAUUGAAGAAGAUAGUAAUGACAGAAUGCAUUUGAAACUUAACACACAUUAAAACUUUUGAUUGAAAAAAUAAAAUGAUUAUGAUGAAAUUAUUUUAAUCGAUAGGAGUGGGGAAAAAAGGUGCUCAUGCAUUGAUAACCACACCAAAGACGGCAUAAACAAAUAGGUAAUAAAAUCCUGAGUGGAUCAUAGGAUACCCCUCUGGUAUUGUUUUUUAGGGUUUACUGUAAUCGUGAGCAGUUCUUUAAUUUACAUCCUGCAGUACUACAUUUCUUUUGGAAUGUUGUUUGUACUCUGGCAGAUGGUGAAAUGGUAUGUUUAUCACAUGCUUUCUGUUGCUUAGUUUGAUAAUUAGUAGUGUGUGUUUGUGAUUGCUGUUGGGGUUUUCAACCCCCCUAUCCCCAGGUUGUUGUUGUUGGACUAUUCUAAUCUAUCUAAUUAUAUUCUAUAAUGUGAUUAUGAAGUCAGUGGUAGCUGUGCUGUUGUUGCUGUUCAGUGUUGUGUCUGUGGGGUGAAGGCUGAGGAUCCCAAUUUCCUUCAGGUCCGGUUCAAAGCCCUAGAGGAGUAACCUGAGGUCCUCUUGAAGAUCCUAAUACUUCUGAAGGACAUACUGAAUGCCAGUAAGACCAAAGUGAAGGCUCUGGAGACCAAGGUGGAGGCUAAUCUCCUAUGAAGAUUAUGAAUGUGAUGCUACAGUAGCAACUUCUGUCCUGUUGUUCCCCCAGGCAUCUUCACAGCUUCAGUCAGGGCAGUCUACUACUAUCCCAGACUGUAGCUUUAAAAGCAUUUUGUUUAGAGCAAUCUUUGUGUGCCUGUACAGAUGCAGAGGUCAGAAGAAAGACUAAACAAUAAGUGCAACAAUGACUUGGAGACAGACUAACAGGACUCGUUGAAAUGGGGUGCGGUCAUGCAGUACACUGCCAAGCAGAGGAGAACAAAAUCUUACGGAUCAAAGCACAUCAGCACCCUAAACGUGUCCACUUUUACCUAGACUUCAAUGAACAUCCAAUGUUACUGCAACAAAGGCUCCAGAGUUUUACCCAAUCACAUGACCUUACCACAAAAAACUCUGGGCCAUAUCUAUAAAUGAGUUCCUCAAAGAGAUGGUCAACAUCUCAAUAGCUAGUAUAAUAACUAAAGAGACACUGGGCAUCUUUGCGGGACACCUCUAAAUAGUUCCAAUGCAUUCAGAUAAAUAUCCAUAUUCACAAUUUUGCCCUCUGGUUUCUGAUAUAACAUGUACCUCCCAAAUAAAAAUACUGCCGUAAUACUG